AUGCCAGCUAAUCAAUCAAAACGUAAACGAGCUAUUGAAGUACAUAAUAAGAAAGUGACACAACGUGGUAAUGUACCAAAAUCAAAUAAACAAGUUGAGUCAAAAACUCCUGUUGACGAAACUUUUUUCAGUUGGACUCUUAAAAAUCAAAUUUCAGUACUUGUUAUCGAUAUUAGUGCAAAUGGUCAACGAACAUCAACCGAAGAUGUGAAUGUACUUUUAUUUAUACAUAUUUUGACUAUGUUCCCUAAUUUACGAUAUUUAAAUUUUGGUCCAUCUUCAAUUUGGUAUCAACAAUUAUCAUAUGAUGCUCAACUUUCAACAAUAAUCUCUUCAAGUUUAUUAGAAUUACAUGUAUGUUUGCCAGACUUAAUCGAUUGUCUUUAUUUACUUGAUGGAUGUUUCAAUCAACUUCGCACACUUCAUGUUAAUAUUACUUUCACUAUGUCUUCAAAUUCAACAAUUAAUAAUAAGGAAAAACUACCUAAUCUAAGAUUCUUUUCGCUGCGUAGUGAUUGGGAUACAGAUUGUUACGAUAAAUUAAUUGUACCACUUCUAAAUCGAAUGUUAAAUUUGGAAGAAUUAAAUUUAUUUCUUCAAGUUACAGGCAGACAAAAAUUUGUUGAUAGUGAAGAUUUAAAGAAAAAUAUCAUCGAUCAUAUGUCACGAUUAAAUAAAUUUAAAUUUAGUAUUUGCUCAACUAUUCAGCUUGAUAAUGAACUUGAUUUUCCAUCAAAUGAAAAUAUUCAAAAGACAUUCAGAGAUUUUAAAGCUAAUCAAAUUAUUUCUUAUGUUGAUUAUUUUCCAAAAGCAAGACAAGGUCAAUGUCAUAUUUAUUCAUAUCCAUAUAAAUCAAAAAAUUAUUAUAAAAUAACAAAUAGUUUUCCAGGUGGAUUAUUUGAAUUUGUUCGUGAUAUCUCAUUAUAUGAUGAACGUCCUUUUGAACAUGAAUUUUUUCUUCGAAUUUCUCGAUCAUUUCCAUAUAUGGAAAAGUUAACUUUAAUUAAUCGAAAACAACAAAACAAUAAACAAUGCAGAAAAUCAAAAAAUCAAAAUUUUUCAAUUAUUACAUAUCCUCAUCUUAUCCAACUUGACCUUCAUAAAACUCAUAAAGAUUAUCAUAGACAAUUUUUAUUUGAUAUUACAACAUGCUUACCAGAUAAUGUUCGUGUUUGUAUGGAUUAUCGACUAACGAAAAAAGUGACACAUAAUUUCAGAAGAAAUAUUACACGAAAUAAUUGUUCGAAACUAAGCUACGUAUUUUUUUAUUAUAAAUCAGAAUUUCCUGAACAUUUAAAAGACUAUUUUCCGCGUGCGCGAAUACCUUGA